AUGGCAUCUCAGACGAUUGAAGUUCGCUUCAAAAGAACCGGCGAAAGUAUUAAUGUACCAAUUUCGCCGGAAUCAACAGUUCAAUAUAUCAUUAAGUAUGCGUGUGAACAUAGUAUACGUAAAGCAGAAAUCGAUUAUGAAAAUUAUUAUCUCAUUUUAUUAAAUAAUCAAGAAAUGCUGGAUAAUGACAAUAUGUUGAAGGAUACUAAAGCUCUCACAAUGGAGUACCCUGUAUUGCAAUUGUGCAUGAAAACAGUGAUACGUGAGCAAAUUAUGGAUCUGGCGCGACGAAAUUUAAGCAAAAAUCAAGAUGAAAGAACAACAAAACUACAAACACCGACUGUUACUACCAAACCCAGAGACAUAGCAAUAAAUGAUGACAGGCCGUCAACUUCUAGUUCUCCAGCUGAUGCUUUAAAUGAAUUAGUGAUCGAUCAAUUGAAAAUAAAAUUUGGCACAGGAAGUACGCCAGCAUCCGUUGCAAGAAGUACAGAUUUAAAUCUUAACAUAUCUUCUUCAGAUGCAGUAUCACCUCCAUUUGUACAGCUGACACAAGAAGAUGUAAAUUGGCGUACAUUAGCAACAGUAUCAAGUGACAGUGCUCAAAAUUCAUCUCUUUCAGAAAAAUUAGCAAAUACUUAUCAACAUGUGACAUCUAAAAUUUUCGAAGUUGGUACUGCUGUUACUCGUGAUUCUGUUCUACAUCGAGAUAUCUCUAACGCAUACAAAGAAAUCAAUAUUGUAUUGUGUGGAUCAGCAAGAGUCGGGAAAAGUACUCUGGUAAAUGCUAUUUGUCAACAGAAGCUAGCUAACACAAGUGCUGGACUUGAUUCUUGUACGAGCAUGAUGUCACGUUAUGUUCUUAGAGGUGAAAUUGAAAUCAAUUCGGAAGCCGUAAGUUAUCAAUAUAACUUUUGGGAUACACCAGGAUUCGAAAGUUGGACAAAAGACAAAAUUCGAAAAAGACUAGAAGGCAUUUUAAAAGAACCCAAGUCCGAUAUACUGUGUAUGAUCUAUUGUGCAUCGCCAGGUUCUUUUGCAAAUCUUCAGCAGUUACGUUGGCUGUUGGAUGAGUGCAUGAAAAAACAAAUAUUUUGUGCACUUGUGUGUACAAAUAAGUGGGCUGGGCAAAAGCCACAACGAGAUGCUGUCAUGGAAGACUUUCAAAAUUUACUAGAGCAUUAUCAUCAAAGAACUCGAGAAGAAAAUGGUGUUGUCUAUUUUGGCAAUAUGGGCUUGUGCACAGCAGUAAAUAGUCAGAAAUUUGUAGACGAAGAUUCAGGCAAAGAGUUUGAACAGUCCGGUAUCAAUGAGCUUAUUUUCGGUAUCAUGGAAUCACUCGACGAUGAAAAAGUGAUUCAAUGGUGCACGGUCGUGUUUAACAAUAAAUCAUUUUGGGCACAUUUAUUUAAAUUACCAAAACAAUUGAAAACAUUCUGGAAAAGACUAAUUGACAAAACAUGA